AUGGCUGUGAAGAAGAUCACUGUAUUACCCUAUCAUCGCAGGGGUUCUGUUUCUUCCGAAGAUGAUUUCUUUGAUAUCGCUGAGGAGCCAUGCCUCGCCAUGGUCAAGCGACAGUUGCGCCGCUUUCGGACUUGGGUAAUGCUGGCCCUGUUCUCCCUUCUGAUCUUCCUCCAUCACCGGCAUUCCUCGACCUCUCCUGCGUUGUCUCCCAUCCAGUAUGACCGCAUCGAUUGGUCCCGUUUCGCAUAUAGCCAGUAUGCAACUUCUACGGCGUAUCUUUGCAACGCCGUCAUGGUACUCGAUUCCUUACAGCGGGUGGGGAGCCGGGCAGAACGCGUUCUGUUUUACCCGGAUGGAUGGGGCGUUGGCUCAAAAGAGUCCACGGAUAGAGACAGUCAGUUGCUUGCCUUGGCUCGCGACAAGUAUAACGCAUUGCUGGUGGCAGUUGAUGAUAAAGUGAUCAGGGGAGGGAUAGGAGCCGACCAGUCAUGGAACACCAGCAUUGCGAAGUUUCUGGCCUUUGGGCAAACUCAAUAUGACCGCGUCAUUCAUCUUGAUUCCGAUUCAGUCGUUUUGGGAAACAUGGAUGAACUCUUCUUCCUGCCGGCGGCCAAAGUCGCAAUGGCUCGGGCAUAUGACAUGCUUCCAGAGUCCAAAGAAUUAGCCUCGCAUCUGAUAGUUGUUGAACCCUCUCACAAGGAUUAUUCGGCACUCAUGGAUGCUGCGAAAUCGGCUAUGAGCGAAGAAACUAACCCCGAUAACUCAACUCGCAGGUAUGACAUGGAAUUGCUCAACCGCCGCUAUGCUGAUUCUGCCUUGGUGCUUCCACAUCGACUGUAUGGUCUAGUGACUGGAGAAUUCCGUUCUACAGACCACAAAAGCUUUUUGGGUGCUGAGGAUGAAGCUUGGGAUCCUGAUAAAGCAUUGGCCGAGGCCAAAUUCGUGCAUUUUUCAGACUGGCCACUUCCCAAACCUUGGAUCAUGUGGCCACGUAGCCUGCUUGCUGAGAUGAUUCCUAAGUGCAACAACAAGCCAGGUGUGUGCCGAGAUAGAGAUAUCUGGAAGGGUCUAUAUGAAGACUUUCGCAAGAAGAGAAAGGACAUCUGCAAACUCCUCAGUUAUCCAGCUCCUGAAUGGCGGGGAAAGCCCAAUUAUGCUGGUCAAUAA